UAAAAAAAUAAAUAAUUUAAUAAUAGACUAAGUGUUGUACAGUUGAUUUUAAUUAUCUUAACGUUUUUGCCUUUAAUUCAUUUUAAGAUUUAUUUACUUCACUCCAGUCUCAUAGCUUUUAGAGAUCAAUUUAUGUUAAUACAAUUUGAAUUGUGAAUUAGUUAUUAGGUUUCAUAUUAUCAUAAGUUUAUUACAAUGAAUAGUGGCUCUUCAUUAGACAACAACUUACUGAUUUUAAAUAGAAUUGACAAUAGUCAUACAUUUAAGUUACCAUUAAAAACUACACAAAGAAUAAAGUAUACAUGUUGUGAAGUCUCUACAAAUUUAAUUGUAUUUGGUGCUUCAAGUGGUGGUUUAUAUGUAUUUAAUAGACAACCAUGUGAAUUUGUUCAAUUAUUACCAAAUAAAGAAGGUUUAGUUACACAAGUAGCAAUAUCAAAAGAUGAAGAACUUAUUGGAUUUGGAACUCAAAAAGGUGUUGUUUGUAUAUUACAAAAAAAUGACAAAGGCUUAGGUGCUAAAUUAUUAAAUAAAUCUACUGAGCAUUUGGGAUGUGAAAUCACUGCUAUGGAAUGGACAUCAAAAAAUCAAUUAUAUUUUGGUGAUAAUAGUGGAAAAGUUACAUCUAUUUGUGUUUCAUUAUUUGUUAAAAAAGUAAUUUUUCAAACUCCACCAUAUACUAAAAUAGAAUUAGAUUCAAGAAUUGUUCAAAUAAAUAGUUCAGAUGAUUUGCUAGUAGUUUCAACAUUAACUCGAUGCUAUCUUUGUGAUAUUACCAAAGAACAAUAUAGACAAAUUGGACAGAAACCUAGAGAUGGUGAUUAUGGUUGUUGUAUUGUUGGACGUAACGAAAAGAAAAUUUUUUCAGCUAGACCAGGCUCACGAAUCUGGGAAGUAGAAAUAAAUGGCUCAGUAAAAAGUACACAUCAAUUGAAACAUAGUUUAGCUUUACCACCAACUCUUAACAUAAUUGAUCAUACAUCAAUUGAAUUUACAAAUAUAUCAAACAAAAAUUGGCCACCUCAGUCAUUGAAUUUUAAAAAACUUUAUGAUAUUUGGGAUGAUUGUUUACUUACAUUUACAUCAAAUAGUAUUUUCAUUAUAAAUAUUUCAAAUAUCAACAUAGUUUUGUGGAAUAAUAGUUACAAUAAUGUACAAAAUGUCAAAUGUAUAGAUAAUUAUUUAUAUGUUUGGUCAGGCGAUGGUUACUUACUUGUAGAAAAAAUAAUUCCACUAAAUGAGUAUUUGAUUAACUGUUAUGAACAAGAAUAUUAUAAUACAUGCAUAACUUUAAUAGAAUAUUACUAUCCAACAAUUAUAAAAAUGAAUAAUAUGGUAGACCUUUUAUAUCCUCUAGUUGAAAUUGAUGAAAAAUUAGAAUUGCCAAAUAAUACAAAAAAAUUAAUAUUUAAAAUAAAACGUAUUAACUAUUUAAAACAGAAAUUUUAUAAAUUGCCUUCUGGGAUUUAUACACUAAAAAAAAAUACAUACGUUAAAAAAAUUGUCACUACUUCAAAAAGUAAAAGUUUGAUAUCUAUACCAAGAGAAUAUGGUUCUAAACUUAUUCCACGCUAUAAAUCAUUGCCUAACUUAUCAAUCAGUUUAGAUAAAGUUAAAAGACAUCAAAAUAAUAGUAAUAAACAGUUAAUAAAAAGUCAACAGAAUACCUAUUCCUGUCCAGAUGAUAAUUAUAGAUUAAAUCAAGUCUAUAUGGAUGUUAGUAUGUCUGGCAUACAGUUUGUAUCCAUGACUGGCACUGAUGCUUUACAUGAUACACUUUUAGAAUUUGGUUCAAAUGUAACUAAUAAAAUAGUUCAAAGUAGUAAAAAUUUAAAAGACACUCUUAACAACCUAAAUUUAUAUAAUAAAAAUGAAUUAAUACCAUAUGAAGUGUCAGAUACUACAACAUAUACUGAAUCUUCUCCAAUUAAUGAAGAUGUGGUUGAUGUUUCUAGAUUCAAGUUAGAUUUUGAAAAUAAAGAUAAACUCAAUAUAGCUCCUAUAUUAAAUUUUUGUAAACAAAUCCAAAGUGGUCAAAAAUUUGAUGAAGAAUGUUUACAAAAUUUAAUCAUUGGUGUUCUUGAGGUAAAAUCUAAUUUAGAAAACGUAUUACAAGUCAAACAACCUAAUUUUCCUUUUGAACAAUAUUUAAAAGAAAAACAUUUAAAUAUUAUAAAAAAAGUUGUUAAAGAUAGUUUUGUUAAUGACUUAAUUAUAAAAUGGGCUGAAAAAUAUGCAAACAAUUUAUUUAGUGUCACUUUGUUUAACUAUCCAAAAUUUUUGACAUAUUAUUUGACACCAGAAGAUUUUGAAAUAGAUGUUGGACUCAGUGAAUUUAUAGUGUUAUUUUCUAAAAUAUUAGAUAUUGACAGUUUGCUGAAAUUUUUACAAGAAAAUAAUAUGAAAUGUUUUUAUGCAACAUUUAAUAAAAUUUUACAAUUAGAUCCUAGCAUUUCUGGGAAAGCAGAAAUUCCAAUUUUAAUGUAUUUAAACUCCAUGUAUGUAUUUUUAAAACUGGAACAAAUAGAAUCUUUCUGUUCUUUUGGAUAUGAAAAAAAUAUUAAACCAUUAUUUGUAUAUUAUUUAUUAAUAAAGUCUAGUGAAAAACUACAAUUGGACACUCAUAAUAAGUACAAUAGUAUUUUUUUAAAUUAUUUGUCAGAUUUGAAUAGUAAUAUAUUAAAUGAUAAUAACAUUUUGUAUUAUGCUAUUUACUGUUUUAUAAUUAGUUGCCAUGAUAAAAAUUCUCUAUGUAAGUGCGGAUUUCCAUUAUCUUAUGAAAGUGGUCGAUUUAAAAAACUUGGAAAAAUGAUAAUUGAACAUUUUUUAAUGAAUAAUAUUAAUAUUGAUCAGUUAAAUAAAAUAUUUAAAUUAGUUGUUACUGACUAUAAAUCAGUGAAUUGCCUAGAAGAUGUGAUUAAAUGCUUUUGUAAACAAGUACCUCACUUGUGGCCAGUAUUAUUAGAAUCUGAUCUUAAAUUAGAAACUCCAAAGUAUUCCAAAAUAAUUUUAUCUAUACAACUAGGACUCAUUGAUCAAUUGGAAAUUCAUCUUCAAGUUAAGAAUGAACAAAUGUUUAAUAAAAUAUUUACAAUGAAUUAUUAUUUUAAGAAUGGCCUCUGUCUAAGUUGUGGCUGUGUUGGAAAAAAAAAUAAAGGGAUAUCUUGGACUGAUAUUGCUACAUUAGCUUUAAAACAUUUAAAACUCGAAGAAGUUAAAGAAUUAAUUUUGAAGCACCGAAACUGUGUACCACAUGGUGAUAUAAACAGUUGGUUUUACCAAAGUUAUGUUUUAAGUUCUUUGGUGGAAGAUCAUUAUAAAUCCCAGAUAGUAGAAACAAUGAGAAGUAACAAUAUGAUUUCAACUAUAGGUGCAAUGAGUUGUGAAAAUGUUGUUAAUGCAUUAGAAGAAGAUAUAGGAUCAAGUGUAAAAUAUAAAGAAUUACUGUCAAAAAAAUCUCAUUGGGGAGUAAAAAUAGAUAUGAAAAAUGAUUUUUGUGUAUGGUGUUCAUUGCCAUUAAAUUCUGAUCCUUUAAUACGUGGAAAACAUAAUGGUCUCAUAUUAUUCAAGUGUGGACAUUCCUUUCAUACAGUUUGUGUUCGUCAUCAAACUGACAUUGUUCAAUGCGUAGUAUGUCAAAGGAAUGAAUAUUGCUGAGAAUAGAGGGUCAGACCCCCCUGAAUAGGCUACUGAUUUUCUAAUUUAGAACAUUUCUAAAGUAUUUAAGAAAAUUAGUUUUGUUGAUUAAGCUAAUAGAUGCAUAAAAUGUGUCUUUAACAUUGGGAAAUUCUUGAUCAAAAAAUUUUCAUUAUCAUAUCAUAUCCAUUAUAUAAUAAUAUUUAUAUUAUAUAAUACUCGAAACCAAUUAAAUUCAUAAUUUUUUAAUAUAAUCUGGUGGUUAAAAUUAUUUCUUAUAGUAAACAAAAACUUUUUUCAUUUCCUAGUUAAAAAAGUGUGUUAAUUAGU